AUGUCACGCAAAGGGACACCAGCCUCCCGCUCACUGGAGUAUCACGCGCCACCGCAGCCGGCAUUCCUGCGUGCGCUGCAAGCACAAAUCCCCACUCGUCAAGCGUUCUCCUCCAAUCGCCCAAAAGACGAGCUCGAGAGCCUCGUCUCGAGCACCUCUUCUGGCAAGCGCAAGGCUGACGAUGAUGGGGAGCCGGAUGGCGAGGAUGAAUUCGAUGGGGCGCAGGUGGUGGUGUUGGACGACGGGCUGUCGAGGGAGGAGGCGACGGCUGCGCGGCGAGCAGCGACCUCUCGGAGCGAUUCAACGGAUUACACCGAUUCGACAGACAGUAGGAGUCAGAGCAUAGCCGGUGCAUCCAUCGCCACGAAAAAGCGACGCGCUCCGAUAGCCGCCGACGACACAGGGAUGCGUCCAGAAGCCUCGAUCACACACCUCCUAGACAGCUCCACGGAUGUCGCGGGUAAGGACAAGAGCAGCAAUCUCAACGACGUCAAGCAGCUCAUCCGCACCGAACGCUCAUCCACACAAUCAAAACCGGCAAAGGAAAAGACCAAAGAACAACGAAAGGCAGAAAAAACCGCCAAGGCAAGGCGCGACAUCAAACGCUCCGGCAAAGGACUCAGCUUCGACCUCGACGACUGA